AUGAACACUGACGAAGAAACUCUCAAAAGACGACGUGAUAAAUUUUCCAAGGAGGCAACACUACAAAUCCGAAAUGAUUUAUUAAGAGAUGCAGCAUUACUGAGCAGAUCGUCAAGUGAUGCAAAUUUAGAGACCAUCAUAAAUGAUUAUGCUGCGAGAGAAAAAAUAGUGAGAGAACUUGAACAAUUGUUCCAGUCAAGAGACAAUGAUGCCCUAUUGGAACAUGGGUUGCGGAAGCUUCGUGAAGUGAUUGUAAGACGAUCUUCUUCUGAUUAUAAAAAUGACUCCAAAUUUGUCGCCCAAAUCCAUAAAAUUUAUUCCAUGUCGUAUGAAUUUUACCUAGGUAAAAAUAAUACAAAGUUAUAUUCAAUUCUACAAUUCUUAUAUGAGCAAUUUCCUGGUCUAAAGAAUGAAGAUGGUUAUAGUUACGACGACGUGCUAAUAAUCUUCUGCUCACAUAUAUCCAAAGAUAUUUAUGAAUGUCUUCAGGUGGCCCGUUCUUCCAUCAGUAAAUCAAGUAUGCUACUGGUGCAAUUAUCCUUGAUAUAUACAGAUAGGAUAGAUUCGUCAGCAUCUUGGUUUGAAAUUCUUGCGAGAUUUCGCCAAGAUUCUCUUAUAUAUCAAUUCCUUGAACGAACUAAAAUUAUCGCAGAAAUGGAACUGCGAUGUUUGAAUGAUUGUAACCUAGUAUAUCGUCAAAUAUCAUUGAAGGCCGUUGAAAGGGUAUGGUACCAUAACCUCCCUAUCGUCGAAUCUGACGAUGAGUUGAGAAAAAAAUGGAAAGGUAGUGUUAUCAUCAAUUCCAAGGAAGAAAUGAUACUAAUGCGCAAAAAAUAA